AUGGUUCACCUCUACACCUUUCUUCUUCUUCUUCUUCUCCUCUUCACUUUCCAUACUGCCUCGACUCCAACAGCCGAGAGCUACUCCACCUAUACUGUCCAUCUCAACCCUUCCUCCUGUCCAACGCCCUUCACUACCAAAGAACAGUGGCACUCCUCCAUCGUCACCUCCAUCAAAUCCUCCGCAAGAAUUCCUCAUUUUUCAUCCCUUGAAAAUUCAUUCCUGUACUCGUUCAAGAAUGCGCUUCAUGGGUUCAACGCUGUUUUAACAGAGCCAGAACUUCAAACCCUCAACCCAUCGACCGGUCUCUGGCCAGCCUCCAACUUCGGCCAAGGCGUGAUCAUCGGUGUGAUUAUAUGGCCAGAAAUCCCAAGUUUUGACGACCAGGGAAUGACCACCAUCAAGCAAGUUCCCAUCAAAAUGGAAAGGAAUGUGCGAAGAAGGACAAGACUUCAACGACAAGAACGUGGCUUCUACUGGAGUGGUGAUGACGAAGAGGUUUCGCAGGGUUGUUACCAAUGUCCUCCGAUAGGCUCCACAGUUUCGGUGUGGCCUCAGAGUUUGGUGUUCGGGAAGGAGUACGAGCGUCAUCAUUACUAUGUGGAGAUAACGUACGCGAGCGAAGGGACGGUUUCGUAUGAAGUGACGCCUUUGUACGAGAAUCCUAUUGCAAUCGCCUCCUUUGGUGCUAUGGAGAAGGGGUCUUCAUCGCAUCCGCGGCUGGCAAUGUUGACCGUCGGAGCUGGCACCUUCGACCGCACGUUCGUUGCGAGCUUGACCUUAGGAAGUGAUAAAGCUAGGAAACAACAUACCAUUGUCGGAAAGAGCAUGUACCCUCUCGGCUUGGGAAUCAAGGACGAAACCCUCGUCUACAACAAGACGCUCUCCAAAUGCAACGAUUCAGAGUUACUCUCCAAAGCACCACAUGGCAUUCUUGUUUGCGAACACACAUGGUCUCUAGGUGACCAGAUGUCCCAAAUCACCCGCGCCGCGACAAACCUCGUCGCCGCAAUUUUCGUCUGCAAAGAUCCUUCCCGUUUCGACUUCGACUGGACGAACAAUCCAGCAGCCGUGUUGAUUUCCACGACGGAUUUGGAGGCGGUUAUGGACUACAUCAAGAGCAGCGACAAGCCUAUUGCUUCGAUCAAGUUCCAGCAAACCGUGACGGGCAAAGAGACGGCUCCCGUGGUGGCGGAGUACACAUCUCGAGAUCCAACGCCUACAAUUGCGAUCGAGAAUGCUUCCCCGGAUCUGAACUAUCCCUCGUUCCUGGCGUUCGUUCUACGACAAGAACGUGACUUCUACCGGAGAGGUGAUGACGAAGAGGGUUGUUACGAAUGUGGGUGGACUGGAGGAGCAGCUACAGCUACGUACAAGGUGAAGGUGGACCCUCCGAUGGACUCCACAGUUUCGGUGUGUGGCCUCAGAGUUUGGUGUUCGGGAACAAGUACGAGCGUCAUGAUCGAGUACUGUGUGGAGAUAACGUACGCGAGCGAUGGGGAAGGGACGGGACGGUUUCGUGUGGUCCAGCUCAUCCAUGUCAAGGCUUAA